GCGCGAACCGGUAACGUUUGUGUUAUUCGUUAGUUCGAUGUGACUCCUAAGGGAUAACAAUAAAUUCCUCUCCGUGGGCUUUCCGUUCGCUAACCCAAGCAGAAGCCCACUGUUGUUUACAUCCAGUUCAGGUGGUGAAUUGUGACCGAAUGUAAAUUCACGAUUGAACUGUAAACAUCAUCUGGUGCGUAUUAUAGAUGAAUUUUUCACUAUCGUAAUUGUCUGAUGACAUUCCUAAAAUUCUCGUGAGUGUAACUGGCGAAUGGAUUUAUCGGGCAAUCUAUGAAAAUACGAGUUGUUGUUCUCGGUAAUCAAAUUGAUUUGCAUAUUCACGAGGCAAACGGGAGAGCGGUAAAAAUUGAAAAAUUACUAUGCAAAACGUAUUUUCCUCAUGAUGCAAAAUAGUUUUGUCGACCCCGUGCAUCCGUUAAUUCGAAAGCUAUCGGCAACGCAGAGUGAAUAACGAACAAUUUAUACAGUCACAUAAAAAAAAAAAAUUAUAUAUUGAAAUCUUUUAUUUCUCUUUAAAGUGUCGUAAAGUGUUUGCGUACAUUUUGACGAGUUAGAGCGCUGUGUUGGAACUAUUUACUCGUUGCAAUGAAUGCAGAUGGUCGUAAACAAUAGGUGCACAAUCAAAAUGCAGUUAAAAAGAUUUUAAAAUUUGCUGGAAAACAGCAGUUGAAGUGGCUGCGGCACCGAGCUCUCGGUUAAUACGAUACAAUGUGAUCAUUGAAUCACCGAGAGGGGUAUGAAUGACCGGGGUUACUCGUAUUUUCCACUUGCUUCGUAUUACAUGGACAAUAGGCGAUAAACUGCUGUCUUUCUGGGAUAAUCACGGCUCAAGGAAAGUCAACGUUAUUCAGUACCUUUUGAGGGAGGGCAGCUGCUUUGACGAAUUUAAUGACGGAAUCGAGGUAAAUGAGAGUUGCAGAUGCUCUAGUCGUUUGAUCAGUCGAUGGGAAAGAGUUUAAAAGACUUGGUGAGGAAUUGGAGGACGAGGAGAUUGGGAGUUGUAUCGAGAAGCGAGUCACUCUGUGGGCUAUUUAUUCGCUUGAAUUGUAACUGCUGGGAGACAACGUUCUGGAAGGCCAUCAUGAAAGAGAAUUCAUCAAAAACAUACGAUACGUACCUCAAGUGGAGCCAAAAUACCGCAUUUGUGGUGAACAUCUAGUCAUACUCUCCUUUUGUUGAGAUAAUUCUUAGAGAAAACCGAGUGGCUUCUCAUUCUCCAUUGUGGAAUCCAGUGAAGUGGAAGAGCUUUCUGGGAGACUAGAGGGAACCAAUGACGUUUAGGGGGACUGUCUGGAGUUAGAAAGAGUUUCGGGCGUAUGGGGAAUCGUGGAUAUCCCAGGCGUCAUCGUGAUUAUUGACAUCUUGUGUUAAAUAUUGAAAGGGGAAAGUGAUAAAUCGAAGAGUCCCGAGGAUUGUGUGUGUUGUGAAAAUGAUCCUGAGGCACUCGUUCGACUGAAGAAAACUCGAUUAUUGUAGGAAAUAGUGACCAUGGUGACUCGAGUACCCAGAAAAAUGAUGAUGUGGCUCGUGUGGUUGGGAUUCCUCGUCGUUUCUCUUCCACGAGUGUAUUCCCAGAUGACGUGGACCCCGAUAUUUGGUGGUGAAGACAGUCAAGUGGAUUUCUGGACCCAGAGUGAGACUGGAUGCGCCUGCAGCUUUAAUUCAUCGAGCAAGGAUUGCGCUUGCUGUGUAUUAACCGGGGGGUGUAGUUGUGGGGCUGCUAUGCCAAAGCGAUGUGGCCAGUGCGGCUUGGAGAAGUACUGCACAAACAUGUGCAACAUAACCCUGGAUAGUAGGGAACUACUCAGCAAGUCGAAUAGAAGUUUUGGACAGAUAAAACCCCCAUCGACAGAGGGACCCACUGAGUGCACGUAUAAAUUCAUCCCCGAUACAGGUCAGCGAGUUGAACUGCAGAUUUAUCGUCUUGUUUCUGUUGGACGGUAUAAUGGAGAUGUAUGCGAGGGGGGAUGGCUGCAGUUGGAGGGUAGUGCACGUGUUUGUGGGAAUAACAUGAGGUUUGAUAGACCUGUUGUCCUUUUCUCAGACAAGCCCGAACCAACACUGCGAAUGCUAGUCACUGACGAGACACCGAGGUCACAGUUUCUGGCGUAUUACAACUUCGCAUCGAAGACUAGCACUUCUGUUGGAUGGCCUAUAAAGGGUGGAAAGCCUGUGGAGAACUCAGAAUGCGAUUGGGUGUACGAGGACUGCAUAAAUCAUGACUGUAUCCUCGCCAGUCCUGCCUAUCCUGGUCUCUACCCACCCAACGUAAAAUGUCAUUAUCUCAUUAAAUCGAAUGGAAGUGUAUCGAUCACAGUUAUCUUCACAACCGUGCGUCUAUCGUACAACCAAUGCAUCAGAGAUUACAUCGCUGUGUAUGCUGGACCCACUACUUCGAGUACCAUGUUGAAGUCACUAUGUAGCAGUGAGAAAACUACCGUGGUGCAUAGAGGAUCGGAACUACUAGUGGAAUUUAAAUCUGGAUCGGAAGUACCGCCAUUCAAUUAUAACGGAUUUCUAGCGCGGGUGAGUGUCACAGAAUUGACAACAGCCGCCCCCACAACGACAACAACAACCACCACGGCUGAAAAUUUUGUCGAUGUUAUCAGAGCCAGCAACCCGAUGAGCAAUAGCAUUCGCUCGUCCGACCGUGAGUCCAAUGAUUUACGAAAGGAUCAGGGUACAUUGACCUGCGACGUUGACAUAGACGGUGACAAGUACAGAAGUGGCCACUACGAUACACGUAAAAAAAUUAAAACAACGGACUGUCGGUUAAUCCUACGCGGCAGAAGUUCUGACACAAUUCACGUACUUCUGUCGAGUUACAAUCUCAGUACGUCAGACUGCAAGUCGUCGAUUGAAGUUUGGGAUGGGGUGGUGAAGCCUGAUGUGAGUCAGGGGAGUGGAAAAUCCCUCAAGAGAAUAUGCAGCCCGUCGCAGAAAGUACAACAUGAUCACGAGAACAACGAGAGGUACACAGAGACAGAGCAUUACUCCUCCACUGGCAGGGAUAUGACGGUUGUUUUGCGACGAGCAUCAAACAAACCACCCGAUGAAGAAUUCAUGGAUGUCGCUUACUAUUUUCACGAUGAGAGGGAAGGGGGCACUCUACGACCCUCGAGUGCCUGUGACGUCGAGUACUACGGUCUGAGCUCACCAAAGGAAGGCUGGGUGGUGCACCCUAUUUCCAGGCUGUUCACCCUGCAAGGCUCCGUCAAGUGCAAACACCACUUCAUUCCAGCCGCUAACCAAUCGGCGAUUCUCACGGUGGAGAGUGAUAGUGCCAAACGAGGGACGAGCAAUAUUUGCGUUACCCUUUGUGGAGACAGUGGAUGCAGGUGCAUGAGUGACAGACCUCUGGAUACCAUUGAUUAUCUGCAGAUUGGGUCGGAACCUGGACACAUCAUUAUGUGCCUCUGUGGGGAUUACCAGAAUUGGUUACCUCUGAAAAUCCGAAGCUGGACACCCCUCUAUAUCGAGUGGUCUCGCUCAUCAAGAUCAGGCUUGGGUUUCAAAGCCAACUACAAAUUUGCUGAGAGUGCUUACUGUGGCGAUCAUUCGACGAGAAAACCCGAGGGUAUGAUACGCGCUGAGGAUCUCAGUGUGCCCAGUAUGUCGAGUCUCAAUCAGUAUUAUCAACAAAAGUGUAUGUGGACAUUGGAUUCGUCAAUCGACAGACAGCUCAUCAUCGAAGUUGAAUCAUUCCAGGACAGACCCUGUACAGCCUGGAACUUGACGAUACACGAAUUCAAGAAGACCGGUGAUCCUGUGGGUCAAAGGCUGCAUACAUUCUGCUCACGCGAUAGGCAUAAAAAUUUCACCCUUCCCUGGAAAAUGAACACCGCAGUUGUCAGAUUGCAAGCUCUCGGCAGAACGGCACCUCAGUACGUGAUGAAAUGGCGGAGUGACACAGUUGUGGCGAAUACACGAAAAAGUGGCCCCUCGCCAGCACCAAAUUACGUAUCCGGCACGUCAGUGGCGGUACUCGUUAAUCAUCACUCGUUUCCUCUGCUUUUGUCAACUUUGUUGUUGUUAUUUUUCUCAUGUUAUGACAAUGUCUAAAUUAUCGUCGGGUGUCUGGUGUACAUAGGGAAAUUUCUCUGUCCGCGAAUAGGGAAAAGAUUUAAUGAGUGGACAAUUUUAUUGAAUCAAUUAAUUGAAAUUACUGUAAAUAUUAUAAAUAAGAAGAUAGGGAAGUUUUAGUUGAUAGUGCUGGCAUUGAUUUUCUGUAUAUAAAGUGUAGAUUAAUAAACUUUGUACAGAAUACAUUGAAGUUAAAUAAUGAAUAAUGUAGGGCCAUGGAGAAAAAAAUUAAUGGAAAAAUGUAUAAUCGGGAGUAUAAGUCUUAAGAAAUGAAACGACGAAUUUUGGCGAACGAGCUUGGGGUGCAUGUACCGCACUAUUCGUUUACGAGGGACAUCAGUUAUUCUAAUGCAAUUCGAAUGAAAUGAAAGUCUGCCAAAAAGUUGUUCUGGAAAUCCCCAAUUCACGAAAAUUCCAGACUGCAUCCCUUUUUUAUUUUCCAUUUCGAGAAAAUCAUUAGCAGUCGUGAUGUCGAACGCCCGACGCAUAUAAUAUGGUCUGAAUCGAUAAACCCCUGGGAUUAAAUAGACUGAUGUCCCUUUUGUUUGUUAUGCAUUCAUAUACGGAGAAUUUCAUGGAAAUAUUUAAGGAAUUCAUUAAAAAAAUAUUCUGAGGGUACAUUCUACAGAAUUAAUUUUUUCUAUACAAUCUGUGGAGGUAUUCUCUACUAAAAUUCGAUUUUUAUCUAAUUUUUUAGAAGAAUGCGAAGAAAAUAGGGGGGAAUAAAUAAGUUGAAUAGAAAUCCAAUACAGUUUUCUUAUGAAUUCCCUAGAUUGUUCUAUGAAAUUCAUUUCGUCCGUGUCUGUCGGUGAUCGAUUGCAUGAGAAAAUUCAUCGAUCUUCGACGAAAAUAAAUUGGUAAAGGAAGAACCGGCGCCGAGAAAUAUGAAACAGUAGGUUCUCACUAUUACAUGUAUGUAUUAAUACUCACCCACAAAAUCUAAAAAAAUCCACGACCGACUAUUAGUGAGUACUGACCGAUCGAUUAAAAGGUAACGGUGGAGGUACGAGGCUGAAGCUUCCAUAAACCUAAAGCUAUUUUUUAUGAUCAUUUAAUUUAUCCUCUUUUUCAUAUUUUUUAUGGUGAAAAUGCUAUGAAAUGUUUUAUUAUCAACCGAUGUAUACAUAUAGAUAGUGGCUUCAUAAAAUUUUAGAGCACCAUUUUCAUCAAAGUACUCUUCAGCUCUUUAUACAUUUUCACAAGAGGCGAUUUUAAUAGACAUAUCAGCACUGAUAGAGAUGAAUGAGUUUUUCAAUGAUCGAACAGUUAUUUAUUCGAACGAAAAAAAGGUGCUCACGAACCGUUUCAAUGGAAUUGAGAUGAUUUUUUAACAAAUGGAGAGGAAGAGGAAUUGAAAAUUUGUCUCGUUCCCAAACCGUCCAGAAUAACAAUGGAGAAUAUUGACUCAAUUUGAUAAAGAAAUGAAUAUUUAUAUUUACGUGUGUUUUGACCUCAUCACAACAAUGAUGAAAGUCUACAGGUAAUUUUAUUGAUCACGUCGGAAUGUUCGAUGUUGAUACAGAAACAUAUGCGAGAUAUAAUUGAAAGAGAAUUUGUUUUGUUGAUCACCUAAACAUCGAAAUUGAUGAGUAAAUCACAGCCUCCAGAUAGCCGGAAUUUUAGAUCGAUACAAUCUAGAAAGCAUUCAACUCUUGGUUAAAUGUUUUUUAAAUUGGAUAAAAGAGAAAUAAAAAUUCACAUAGGAUUUCAGAGAAAGAGAAAGAAAGAAAGAAUUGCGUAUGAAUUGAGGGUACUACAUGUUACAUGUAUUAGUCGUAUAUAUUUAAGUAAACAAUAGUCAAUUGUUUUGCAUAUAAUAUUAAUAAAAAGGGAAUAACAACAGUGA